AUGAUCGAGACAGCCAUUAGCAUCGCCUUUUGGCUGUCUAGUUGUUUGACGGUCCUCAUCCUAGCUUUACCUUCGCAGUAUAUUCCGCGCCGCGCGAAAGAAGGGAAAGGUGACGAUGGCAAGGAGAAAGUCACUGUUCAAAUCUUAGUCUUGGGAGACAUUGGGCGAAGCCCGCGUAUGCAGUACCAUGCAUUAAGCAUUGCUCGCCAUGGAGGCCAGGUGGACAUUAUUGGAUACCAAGAAUCCGACCCUCAUCCCGAUAUUACAUCUAAUGCAAACAUCUCAAUCGUUCCGUUACCCCCGCAUCCAAACAUCCUCCAAACCAGCAAUAAAUUACUGUUCCUUGCCUUCGGACCUCUCAAAGUUUUAUUUCAAGUUUUAUCCCUGUGGAUAUGCCUCGCAUACCGUACCAAACCCGCAAAGUACCUGCUCGUUCAGAAUCCUCCUUCGAUCCCGACUCUCGCCCUCGCUUCCGUCGUUGGCUUCUUCCGACAGACCAGGCUCAUUAUCGAUUGGCACAACUUUGGCUACUCAAUCUUGGCGCUGAAAUUAGGCGAUCAACAUCCCUUAGUUCGGAUAUCAAAGUGGUACGAGAGAUUAUUUUGUGGAUGGGCAACUGCGCAUUUUUGCGUUACCAAUGCCAUGGCUCGCGUCUUGAAGGAGGAGKUUGGGAUCACAAAGGCGCCAAUUUUGACUUUACACGAUCGACCUGCGAGUCAUUUUGUACCCAUAUUGGACGAGGAUGAAAGAGUACAGUUUCUAGCGUCUCUUGCAGAGGUGACAGCAACUCAAGCUGAGCUGGCAAGUGGAGAUGUGCGCGUCCUUGUUAGCUCAACAUCUUGGACACCCGAUGAAGAUUUUUCUGUUCUGAUAGAUGCUCUAUGUCGGUAUUCCACAGUCGCAACGACUGAAAAUACCGCUCUGCCCAGAGUACUAGCGAUAAUCACCGGCAAGGGACCUCAAAAGGAGAUGUAUCUCAAGGAAAUUUCUACUUGCGAAAAGGCGGGCAAACUCGGAAAAGUGACUAUCAAAACAGCUUGGCUGAGCACGCUCGAUUACGCUAAGCUUCUUGGGUGUGCAUCAUUAGGUGUCAGCUUACACACCAGCAGCAGUGGUGUCGACUUGCCCAUGAAGGUUGUGGAUAUGUUUGGCGCUGGUUUGCCAGUUGUUGGAUGGAAUCGAUUCGAAGCUUGGCCGGAAUUAGUCACAGAAGGCGUCAAUGGGCGCGGGUUUGGAAGCUCAGAAGAACUGGCCAUUCAUCUUACGGAUCUAUUCGGCAACCCUAAGAAACUCGAGAACCUCAGAGGUGGUGCUCAAAAUGAGAGCUUACGCAGAUGGGAUCAGGAGUGGGAUCCUAUCGCAGGCCGACUGCUCGAAUUGGUAAAGCCUUAA